GAGUACGUAUCGAUAUAUCGUCGAGUGUGCCGAUAUACGGAGCGUACAUAUCAAUUCCGUCAAGAGGAAGUUCUGUACGAGAUUCUUCAGCUAAGCAGCUGUUCGCGUAUCACGAAGCAAGCAGGACAAGGAAGAGCGAGCGGGACGAGCAAAAGGACUGUGUACAGUGCAGACAUGUGGCUGAGAAGCGUACUUCUAAUAUGCGGCGUCAUUGCAUGCACGCUAGCCGGUAGUCCAUCAAAUAAUGCGCAGAUAUCUGGCGACAGUUUGAUUCGAGCAAAAAAUAUUGCAAUAACGACAUAUCAGCCUCCCCGAGCAGUUCCUAUUGAAGAAUUUGUGACAUCACAUAAAUUGCCAGAGAACGUGGCAAGACCAUUGGAUGAAGAUGAUGAAGAAUACAUCGAGGAGAAGAAAGUUGUGUUUAAAGAUAACAGGUACACUAAGAAAGCCACUCAGAGAUUCGAAAAUGUCGAGAAAAAGAUCAUUCUCGAGCCCAUCCGACGUUUAGACUCAGAUGAGGAGGAAGAUUUGGACAGACUCGCUCCUAGAAGACAAGCACGAGUGGAACUCGAGAAUUUCAGCGACACUGGAAAACUUGUGCAGGAGGAGCAAAUAAAGAAGAUUGACUCCAAAAAACCUCGGCCGAGCGAACAGGAUGAAGUUAUUCCGGGAGUCUACGUCAGUGCGGAAUAUCCAACAACCAUGCUACCGAUUUUGACAACUCCGCGUGAAGCACGUGGUAAAGACAGUUCCUUUGACUUUGUUCCUGUGAACAUUAUUCGCGAAGACAGCAAGGAUGGUUUCGCGCGUUUUUCCGAUGCAAAUUUUGGUGACUUGAGCGACGUGAGUUUGGUACCAGCUGGUACAAAUUCUCGUAUUCAGGUGAAGAAGGGACCGAACGGCAAGGACUACGAAUAUGAGUACUUAUAUUAUUACUAUGAUGAGGAGGAUGAAGGCAAACCGAGUUCGGCUGGUUCAGCUGUAACGAAUUCUUACGACAUUCCUUCCAGAACAACUGCCGUGCCGAGAAGAGCAGGCACCGCUAGCAAUAGGAGCAAGUAUAGCACCGUCGAGAGAUCGACCGUAGAACCUAGCAAUAACGAGGUCAUACCGAAUAGAAACGGUAACAGAGGCAGACAACUGGUCGAAACCGAAGACGUCUCCGAGGAAAGACUACCCGCAAAUACUCGUUUCCCACCAAGAUCGCGAUCGAAUCACAACACGGGUACAACAGAACCUUCGCGAGCUCGUAGCAACCGACCGCGUCCAAGCCUGGACCUAGUCGAUUCCAGCAGUUUCCGAACUCAUCAGGAGGGCCCUGAGUUUCCGCAAACUUUGCCAAAAGGUCCGGUUAGAUUCCUGGGCGUUACUCCUAACGAGGACAACGAAGAGAAACCAUUGACCAGAAGCCGUGGAAGACCACAGCGAGUUCAAGAACCCGCUCCGGUCGAAGAAGUAGUUGACGACUCACCAACACCUACCAUUAGAAGGCGCCCGGUCGCCACGGGAACAUCUGAAAUCGGAGCAGAACUGAGCAGAGGUCAACCAUUACGCUCCAGCGAGGAGGACGACGAAAGAGAGAUCAUCGCGCCAGAGAGAUCCGGCAACAAGCGCAUAUCUUUAGAAGACAAGACGCAAGAAUCCGGCGAGACGGAAGCUGCGAUCUCUUCCAGCACUCUCGCUGACACCACCGACAAUCCAACGACAGAGUAUCCAGUUAUGGACAAAGUCGCCCUGGAUCUUUACGCGUUCUUACAACAAGGACAGAGCAACCUGAUAGACGCGUUCAGUAGCGAGGCUGAUGGAACUGGCGACAGCACGACACUUGCUGAUGACGAAAUCACGACUGACUUGACGACAAUGGAACUUGCUACUACAUUGGUCACCGAAUCCAGCAGCACGUCGACGACGACGACGACGACGACGACGACGACGACCGAACCAACGACCACUACAACCACUACCACAGAACCACCGACCACUACCACUCAGGCAACUGUGGGAAGAGGGAAAUUCCGACGACCUGGAAUUGGUGGUCCGGCUAUCUCGAGGAAUCGCUUCAAGACCAACGGCGGUGCCAGCACGACCACCGAAGCGCCGGAACCGACGCAGCGGACCCGCGGCCGUUUCGGUAGUGGCGGUUCGAAUGGAAGCGGAUUCAAGCGACCACGACCAGGCGGCGGCCACAAACCGAUUGAAGAGGAUACCGUGCAGAAGGAGAGUGCCAGCUCGGUGAACGCGGCACCCGGUCGCGGGAGAUUCCGCGCGCCCACCGGCAGCAGGUCAGCCAUCUCGACGACGACGUCGGCGCCGUCGAACGGUGGUUCAGCAAACGGCGCCGCGGCGGCACGACCGACCUUCAGCAAAUUGAAUAUUAACCGGAGACGCGGACGACCGACUACUGCUGCACCGGGCGAUGAGCCCCACGAAGCAGCACACUCCGAGGCCGGACAGGCAGCUGCUCAGACCGCACCGGAAACCGCCCCGAAAUCCGCCGUUCGGGCGAGACUUCCUAGUGCACCAGCGAUCAGACCAGGUGCCAUCCGACCGGGUGCCAGGGUCAACCUGAGGCAGAAACCGGGUCAGACAACGACCACGACCGAGGCGCCUGAUGAAUCCGCCGAGGAGCCGGCUGGAGAGGGAACGGAGGAAGAAACGCACGAGGCACCAGCGGAGACCAGCCCACCGACACGAGCGACCACAUCAAACCCUCUGAACAAGCUGCGCAAUCGUAACCGUCUGCAGGUGCACCCGAAGACGACAACGAAGACCCCGUUACCACCAGCGAUCAGGAGAUCGCCGCUGCUACCACGACGCAAGGUGACCGAGGCACCAGCGACCCAAUCGAGCCAGGAGGAUACCGACGCCUCCGAAGAGGAGACCGCCGCAUCCGGUGAGACGGAGGUCACCGAAGCGAUUUCCGCCGAGACCAGCACCGCGGCCAGCACGAAGCACGAGGAGACGCGGGGCCUGAGCGGCCUCCUGGCACCCCGACGCAGGAUACCAGCGAGACGUCCGGGUCAGAUAGUCGCGCGGGAGUAAAGGACGCCAAGAUCAGAUGCCCCUCCGAGGAUUCCGAGAGCGAUUCCCGCGACUGACGAGACGCGGGGUAGUUUUGCGUGUUCCAUUUUGCUUCCUCGAGGCGCACCAGACAUCCUCGGAGGCAGAUCUCGCGUGUCUCCCAAAAAAGGUUUUCGCGUAUUCAAACUUGUUCAGCCGACAAAGCGGCAUCUCGCGCGUUACGACGAAAAUGGCAGGUGUACAUAGUGUCCCUCAAGAGGAUGGCUCUUCUUGAGGGAAGUCUUAAGUUUAUGAUACUGCUCUGCGUUCCCGAACAUGCGUCGAUACGACUUCCGUCCAUCACGGUGUAAUUAAAGUAGAAUGACGACAUCGUGUGAUAGCGUGCACGAUGACGUGGUAAUAACGGUUUGGGACGAAGGGUUGGUCUUGGGAUACCUUCUGGAGCAUUAUUAGAAUGUCAUGCUACCUGACAGCUCUGCGAGAUAUCCUCAGGCUAUCCACAGAAUCUUUUCAGUACCCGUUUAGCUAUCACCGGCAUUAGAUCUGAUGCGUAGAAGAUAAUGGUAAUAAAUGUGUACGAUAUCUGUAUCAGUGUUUUCCGAUCAAUGUUGAGCGUGAUGAUAUUAUACUGUUUUACGUUACUUAUAUGAUGUUAAUUCCGUCAAGCUUGUACUUUGCUAAAUUACAUCGUUCUCUCAACUUAUCGUUGAAUGAAUAUCUGGAAAACAUUGAUGUCAACUAUCAUUUUAUCCUAAGAAGUCAUUAGACGAUUGUUUCUGUCUUAUCGUUUACUUAGAUUACUUGUAAAGUGAUAGUUUAGGUAAAGUGCACAUAGGCAACGCGUAGAUGUUCUCAACAUUGAUACGAUUUGAUCAUUACGUCGGCCGAUGCGUUUAUCACGUUAUACCAAUCUGUAACCACGGUGUAUCAUCUUCGCAUCGGGAAUCACAAUCAUAAUAUAGUAAUGAGACGAGUGAGUCCCUCGGUAUACUGCGACGAUCGUAACUGUAUCGUAUAUUUAAUUUGGCGGAUUUUUUAUUUAAUUUUAUUAGCGCUUGCGAGAAGUUAUCAAAGUACUAUCUCUAACGUGAUGCAUAUAUGUGUAAUGUCCUCCUCCCACGAGGGACAUACUUCUAGGACUAUCGCGUGCGUAAUGUGCAAGGGUACUUUUUGUAAUUACAACGUUCCAAGAUACACUGUAAAUACUACAAUUAAACAUGUGUAAAGUAAA